AAUACGUCGAAAAACAGAUGUACGACGCGUGUGUUUGUACCAUGCGGCAACAGGAAGGUUCUCAGGUUUGAGUUUGUUUAUUCCGGUGACACUGGAACGGGUUUAAUAGAGGGAUGCCCGGAAUGUUCGGAAUGCCCCGCAACAGAUGCUCUCUUCGAUCCCCGCCAGAAUGCCAGCAUCUGCUCGGGGGAGGAAGCCGCCGGGGUGACUGGGUCGACGCCGGGAAGGGAGCGGAGACGGCGAUCUACGGAGUUCCAUUGGACCUGCAGCUGGACUCGGGCUCAGGCAUCACCAUCAUCUCCAGACAGAACUGGGUCAAUGUCGGGUCACCUAAACGUCUCCACCGGACUGCAACGAGCAGACAGCUUCCGGGGACAAACUGGGCAUCGAGGCGAUGUUCAGAGCAACCAACACCAUCGGCGGAACGCACAAGGAGAGCAAUUGCUAUGUUUGUCUGGGACGUACCAUUUUCGUCGUUCUGCAAGCUGGUCGGAACUCAAACACCGAAUCAGCAAGUGGUCGAACUGAAGGCCAAGUUCUUCGAGAUGCACAAGGAGAAUCUGUACCGUGCCCUGGAGCGGCUCAAGAGCGGGUUUAGGGUUAUGCUCGAGAAAUGCAGAUAGCUGCCGAGACCAGCCUGUACCGGGCACUAUAAAAAGUCGUGUAGUUUGUGGACAAAGGUUGGCCCAGCGACGCGAAAUCACUCUCCGGAACACCGGAUGUCUAGCAGUUCUUCGCGCGCAGCCCUCUGUCACGA